AUGGCGAUCUGUACUUAUAACGCACGUACGCUUGCAUCGGAAGCGGCCAUCGAAGAUCUGAUGAUGCAAGCCAAGAAGAUCAAGUACGACGUCAUCGGACUGACCGAGACGAGACGACAUCACCCUCUCAACGAAGUAUAUGAAACUGGAGAAGAACUGUUCUUAGGAACAUGCGACAGUAGAGGUGUUGGAGGAGUCGGCGUCCUUGUCAACACGAGUAUGGCAAAGAACAUCGACUCUUUCGAACAACUUACGACCCGAAUCGGACGUCUGCGGAUGAGAAGAUGUGGUCCAACAGAAGCUUUGACUAUCUUCGUCGCUUACGCUCCAACAUCAAGCUAA